AUGCCAAACUCGAGAGCACAACAGUUACGGCUGAUGGAACUCACGAAAGUGAGUGAUCGCAGGAGCUUGCUGAGUUCAGGAACGUCAAUGCCAACGGCAGCAUUCACUCGACACACGGAAGAAAUAAGCAAAACAAGAGAUGCUGUGCACAAGCCAUAUGCCAAAGCCGAACGCAGCCAUUGUUGUCAUGACGUCAAGUGGGAAAGAGAGCCAACGGCAACUUGCAAAUGCAGCGAAAUAAGGAUCGUUGAGAAACGACUUGCCGUGGACACCAUGGGCGAAAGUUCACAGGCGCGGGAAACACCGGCGCUAGAUUCGGUGACGAGGCGUAUGGUAAAAACCGUCACGCUAUCGUGGCGAAGGCAUAGGAAUGACCACGAUGUGGGCGAGAGAACUGGGAAGAGGUGCAAAAUGUAA